AUGGAUUAUCUCCAAAAGAGGAAUCUAACUUUUUUCACCAUUGGCCUAAUAUUCAUGUUAAGCGGCAUAGAAUACGCUGUCAUUCUGCCCACAAUAUGGCGCUAUCUCCAGAUCCUGGAGGCGCCGCCGUAUUUCUUGGGUCUGGGUCUGUCCGCUUUCAGUCUGAGCGGCCUACUCACCGGACCGCUCUUUGGCUGCUGGUCGGAUCGCAGCGGAAGCACCAAGUCCAUUAUUCUGUUCUCUAAUCUUUUCGAGAUCGCCGGUAACUUCAUGUAUUUUGUGGGCUAUUCCAAGUGGCUUUUAGUAGGCAGUCGUCUUGUCACAGGUGUCGGCGCGGGAGCGGGAUCAUCCAUCUUCGGUUUCCUGACUCAAAGCACCCGGCCGGAGGAACGGGCCGGUGUUUUUGCGGCUGUUAUGGCCUGUCGACAAGCUGGCCUACUUGUGGGGCCGGCGUUCAACCUGUUUCUGCGGCUGUGUAAUUUCAAACUCGGAGCCUUUGUUGUCAACAAGUUUACAUCUCCCGGGAUCUUCAUGUGCUUGUUGUGGUCGCUGCUCCAGUUUGUGGUCAUGGCUAUGUACUGGGACUUACCUCCCAUCGACGCCGCGGAAGGGGCCGUCGCCAUGACGGAGCUGAAAGCCGAGGCAGACGAGGACGAGGAAGACGAACCGCUGAUCGGGUCGGAAGGAAACCGGGCAAACGCCUACAAAGCCCUCGACUCGGACGCCUCCUCCGUUGGAUCUGAAGCGUUCGAUAACUACAGCGUCAGUCGGGAGUUCCUGAGGGAGGAGGUGAUUGUUCUUCUCACGGCUCAGUUCAUCACUCUCUUCAAUCAGACGGCGCUGGAGACCAUGGUGACACCUCUGACGCAGCGCUACUUCGGCUUCGACGAGUUGGGCAACAGCGUGAUGUACAGCCUGUGCGGUGUGGAAGUCAUCCUGGGCUUCCUCUUCGUUCGCUGGCUGAGCGGCAAGAUGGCCGACCGCGCCGUGCUGAUCGCGGGCCUGCUGAUCUGUUGCGCCGCCUGCGUCUGGUCCCUGGUCUUUCUCUGCGACCUCCGAGGUAGCUACGAGUGGAAACUGUCGGCCUUUGUUAUCGGUGUCUUCCUUCAGCUGUUGGGGCUCCCCUUUGUGGCAGUAUCUCAGGUGUCUCUCUUCUCCAAAGUCACGGCGGAGAAAACGCAAGGAUUCAGCCAAGGAAUACGACGAUCGGUAGGAGGCCUCGCUACCAUCAUGGGUCCUUUGUGGGCCGGAGGCUUGACCAAUCAUUUAUACAUCAUGAUUGGCAUGAUGCUAGCACUCCUUUUGAUGGUCACAGUGAUGACGGCGUUGUCGUACGGCCGCUUAACUCAGCCACGUGUAUGGCGCUGCGCACGAAGCUCGGACAAUGGCGGAUAA